GUUGAGCUCGCAUUGUAUUUUUUACGCGAAUUUUUUAUUUAUUUUUUACGCGGAAAUCGAGCAUUUAUUUGAUAUAUUUUGUACAAAAUGCCCCUUUUUGGGCCCAUUAAACGGACUUAUUCGAAGAAACAGAAUGCAGUGACGAAUGGCGGCAAAGAAAAUGACUUUGGGGAAAAUCAAGCGCCGAGAAUCAACAUUCAAUUCAAUAGCAGUUUCGAGGACUCGCUGCUGUGGAAAGAUUCCUUUGAUAGGUUGCUGGAUGAUAAAAACGUUCUUCGUGAAAAACGAGUCAUCAAGAAAAGCGUCAAUGCCAGCUACAAUCGCGACAGCAGCAAAGAAGACUUACCCGAACUUUUCGUACGCGGCAAAAAUGGAAAACGCAAAACUUCCAAAAUAAAAGUGCCAAAACCGCCUGCUGCCCGUAAACCGCGCAAACGAAAGAAACCCACUCACAUCGCGAUCGGAGAUGCUGUCGUCUCAACACCCGUUGGCGGCAAAAAAGCCAAAAAAUCCGACAAUCUCGUCUUCAACUUGUCCCCAAUUGGCCAUUCAAACAUCCGCUUUGCUGAAAUUUCGCUGAAUCGAAGCAAUUUCCUGUCGCCCCAUUUGAAGAAAAUCGCGACAAACAACUCUAGUCGGUUAUUUUUCAACCCAAAGCUGGUCAAAAAGAUGGGAGAACGCAAGAUCGAAGUGAAUGUCGAUCACGAAAGUAUUAAGGAACUGAUGAAAUCCUUCGUGCAAGUUGCCAAAAAUUCACAAUCCGUACAUGGCAAGUCCGUAAUUGAGCUGAAUCACACCACAGACGACGAAAUUUUGGAAGAAGUCUUGAAACGAACGACUCCGGAGACGUUAAUUCAUCUCGCGCUUCUACCGCAAACGAGUGUGACGGAAGUUUUGGAGCAAAGUAUCCGAAAUCCGUCGUUUACACAUGUCACACAACGUCGCGGUGGCAGCGGGAACAUUUCAAGUACUUCAACGUUUUAUGGUUUCAACGAAUCCAGCGUUUCGCAACUUCCUUCUAGUCCACAUUUGCAAUUUGUGACGCAUCGACGUACCAAAAGUAACGAAAAACGCGAGUCAAUUCUCUCGGAUUUUCAUGGAUUUAGUGAAUCCGAGCUAAGUUUGAAGGAUUUUACGCCAGAUAGUGUCCGAGAUUCACGAAACGACGUCACCCAAGCAAUAAAUUUGUCAAAAUCUCACAUUCCCGAACGGAUUUCGUUGAAUUAUUUGAACAAAACGUUGCAAAUUGUCGAAGAAGAGCUGGAUAUCACAAGACAAAAUAUCUUCGAACGAGAUACGGCUGCAAAAACUGACGACGUGCCAAUCAUUCACAUCGAAGAUUCGCCGAGAUGCAUUCGAAAUGACGUCACGCAAGGAGUUUUCCCUGAAAAUUCGCUCCUCGCGUGCAACGAAACCCAAAAAAUCCCAUCCGACAUUGGGACUGAUGUUAGUGUGAUACCAGCGACGCCCGUUCUUGUCACCAAAAGACGUACUUUGAGGCCAAAACCUCUCGUGCCCAUCGAAAAUUUAUCUGUGAUCGACUGUACUCCCACCGAAAAACGUGCCACGCGACGACUAACCCGCCGAAAUGUCCUUUUUGAUCGUGCUUCCAUGCAAAAUGUCGCAAAAAGGAAACCAAUUGAACGCAAAACUGUCGCGUUCGAUGAUCCAAAUGGCGAAAAAUCACCUUCAAGACUGCGAGAACGAAAAACUGUCGCCUUUGAACCUCCGAAUAACUUCCUUUCUGUACCGAGUUCGUCUCCUUCGAGACUUCGACAGCGCAAAACGGUCGCUUUUAACAAAGAAAAGUCGCCGGAAAGCCGAAAAACCGUCGCUUUUGACGAGCCAAUGGAAGAAAGUCAGGUCGUAGAGUUGCCGUCACUUCAGUUGGCGCCGGGAAAAUGGAGAAAAUCGCUCGCGGCGUGGAAGAGAAAGACGUUGGCGAUGAGCAUUAAUGCCACGAACGAGACGACAAAUGUGACAAGACUGAGCAAUCGAACUGACUUGAGUACAAAGAAGAUUUCGGGAAUGCGGAAGUCGGAUGGAAGAUGGUUGAGUACGAAUGUUGGCAGGAUGACGAUACGAGAAGAUGACGAGGACGAAGAAGAAGAAGAAGAAGGAAUUCAUGAAGAAGAGCAGAAAAGUGAUCAAGAAUUGGUAUUGGAGCCAACUACAGAUGAAACGUGUAAUUUGUCAGAAUUAUCGUUACGAGAUUCAGAAGCAGCAGACUCUGAUCAAGAACAAGAAGAAAAAGGAAUCUUCCGCAGCAACAACAACGAAAGUUUCACUCGCAGCAACAGCAGCUACAUUGAUGAAUCGCGGCGCCAUCGUUCGUUAUACCGUCGACAAUUAUCAACGCGUGCCCGCAAAACUAGCGUCUAUGAGCGCACCAGUUUCCUCUCUGACGUCGUUGUUGCCUCAUCGCCGCCGCUUCAUUUCUUCCGUGCGUCGCCAUCGGAUGACCUCUUGCUAAUUCGUUCGCACGUCACUGCGCGCGACGUCGUCCUACGACUCUGCAAGCAAUCGCACCCUCUACCAUUUGAUGAGCUAUAUUCCGCGCAAACGCUCCAUUGUUGCCGCAAAAUCGGCGAAGGUGUCUACAGCGAGGUGUUUAUGUACAAGAAUCAGGGCCGUACCAUCGUGCUCAAGGUAAUUCCCGUCGAAGGAGAUCAGCUGGUGAAUGGUGAGCCGCAGAAGCGUUUCGACGAGAUCCAGUCGGAAAUUGUCAUCGCGAAGGAGCUGAGUGACUUGAGGACUUGUGCCGACGACGCGGCGUACAUGACCGAUGGUUUUGUCGAAGCCGUCAACGUACGUUGUGUAAAGGGACGCUAUCCGGACCACUUGAUCGACUUGUGGGAGUUGUACGAUGAGAAUCGCACCUCCGACAACGACCAUCCGGAACUCUUCAAGGACGACCAACUCUUCAUUGUGCUCGAACUCGCCAAUGGCGGACAGGAUUUAGAGGCUUUUCAGUUUGAUAAUGCCCAACAAUCGCAUUCGGCUUUCUUACAAGUCGCUAUAACCUUAGCAAUUGCCGAAAAGCGUCUCGAAUUCGAACACCGUGACUUGCAUUGGGGCAACGUUCUCCUCUCGCACACCGAAGCAACGCAUGUUACCUUCAAGUACAACGGCAAAACCAUUCAAGUGCCCACAUUUGGCGUAAAAGCGACAAUUAUCGACUUCACCUUGUCUCGCAUGGUAGCAAAGGGCGUUCGGCUCUACAACGAUUUGGCGCACGACGACGAACUCUUUUCCGCCUCGGGCGACUAUCAAUUCGACAUUUAUCGUUUCAUGAAAAGUCGCCUCGACAACUGCUGGGAACGCUUCGAGCCGUACACCAACUUGUUGUGGUUGCACUACAUGGUCGACAAGCUGAUCAACGGAGCGCGCUACAAGCACAGCAAAUCGAAGAAACAUCGUGCCGCCAUCGACCAAUUGAUGCAACUACGUGAUGAACUUUUGGAUUACAAGAGUGCCGCUGACUAUGUUGAAUGCAAUAACUAAAAAAAAUUAACAGACACCAGCAAGCAACAAAAAAAUUACUUCUCACACCACGGAAUGAAAAUUAACAAAAAAUUAUUAUAUUUAUUAAUCUUAUCAUCUACUAACCCAGAGAAGCAAAAAAUAAUAUAUAUACACACGAUAAAUACACAAAAACUCAUAUAUUAAUGCAACUAUAUUUUAUAUAAUUGUUAAAUGAAUGUUUAUGAUUAUAUUGCUAUAUUAUAUUGAAAAAGUAUAUGAAAAGUAUAGGUUAAAGGGGCGAAAAUACUAAAUAUUGUUAAAAUACUAAAAAAAUCACAAAUUGAAUUCUUUCUUAAAUGCUAACACAGAAUUAAAAAAAAAAAUAUUUAACAAAAAAAAUUAAUUGUAGAAAAAAUGGAAGAACGACUUGUCGUUUUUUGCACUAAUUGCAGAAAAAAUCAGGAAAUUUUCCACAAAAAAUAUGAAAAAGUUGUGUUUAGAACAAAAUUAUUUUUAUAUAGUUUACCGUUUUCGCUCAUUUCUUCCUUUUCAUUAGAAAAAAAUUAUUAUUAUUACUUAUCAAUACACGAAAAAAGAAUUAUUAAAAAUUAUAUAUUAACCAAUAAUAAAUUAAUG